AUGAAAGACAGUCAAAACCAAUUCAAGGAUAAUAAGAAAUACAAAAGUGAACCCCAUGUCAAAGAGACAAUUGAAGCCAAGUCGAGAAAAGAUAAAGAGAUUACCUUAUUCUUAAAAUACAACAGAAUGGCAUACGAAUUCAACAGCCUCUCCUAUCCUACACAAACCACACACCAGCCAAAGAGACGCCAUGAAGACGAUGAAGAUGAAUCACAAGUAGAAGAGUAUAACUCUAAACGAUUCAAUGAUACUCGAGAGACUUCAUUUGGUGACGAGCAGCCACGAGCAGCAUCGCCUCUUCCCUCAAUCACUUAUGCAUCUCCAGACUUUAGACCACCACCUCGCCAGGAUGCCCUGUGGCUCCAACCAGUCCAGACAACUGACGACUCUGAGGAUGACAAUAACUCUACGGUCUACCAAGACGAAGACUGCGCAAUGUAUUAA